UUCUGGGUAUUGUAGUCCUUAGGACCAAAGUCGAGGGCGAGCCGGAAAAAGGAGGGGGAGAGAGGAAAACGACAACUUCCAGCAUGCCGUGCGGCCGGACCCCCUCCCUAGAUGGUUCUUGUCUCCCUCUUCCCCUCACCUUUGGGCUGCGUUGUAUGACGAGGAAGGCUCGGCGGGCUGAGGUUGAGUGACUGCUGCUGAGUCCUGAGAGGGAGGGGCCGAUGCGGAAGAGAUGAGUCGCACAAAAGUUGAUGAGGAAGAGUACUGGCACAGCUCCAAGUUCAAGGCUUUUACAUUUGAUGAUGAUGAUGAUGAACUUUGCCAGUUAAAGGAGUCCAAACGGGCAGUGAACAGCCUUCGGGACAUUGUGGAUGAUGACGAUGAUGACUUGGAGAGAGUCAGCUGGAGUGGAGAACCUGUGGGGAGCAUCUCUUGGUCCAUCAAAGAGACAGCUUCCAGUGGUGGUCCUGCCCUUGAGGGACGUGAACAGCUGAAGACUCGAAACAGCUUAUCCUCCUAUCCUCCACUCCCCAAGCCUGCCUCCACCUACUCUCUGAGUAGCUUCUUCAAAGGAAGAAGCAGACUUGGGAGUUUCCAGUCCCUUUCAGAUGCCCUCUCAGAUGUACCUCCCAAAAACUAUGCUCCUGAGCUGCGAAGACCUAAGGGUGAAUACAAGGAUUACAGCAGUGACUGGAGCCUCAGUGACACAGUCAGGCGAUUGCAGAAGGGUAAGGUCUGCUCCUUAGAGAGGUUCCGCUCCCUACAGGACAAGCUCCAACUUCUGGAAGAAGCAGUGACUAUCCAUGAUGGGAACGUCAUUACUGCUGUUUUGAUCUUCCUUAAGAGGACCCUCAGCAAAGAGAUCCUUUUCCGAGAGCUAGAAGUGCGACAGAUUGCCCUGAGACAUCUCAUUCACUUUCUUAAAGAGAUAGGUGAUCAGAAAAUGCUACUAGACCUUUUCAGGUAUCUGGACAGAACAGAAGAACUUGCAUUGUCCCAGUACCAAGAACACUUAAACAUCCAAGAUCCUGAGAAGCGGAAGGAAUUUCUCAAGAGUUGUAUUGGUUUGCCAUUUUCAGUGGAAGAUGCUGCUCAUGUUCAAGACCAUUAUACGCUCCUGGAACGACAGAUCAUCAUUGAGGUAAAUGAUCGACAUUUAGAAUCUUCAGGGCAGACAGAAAUCUUCCGGAAACAUCCACGUAAGGCCUCCAUCCUCAACAUGCCACUGGUGACAACUCUCUUCUACUCCUGCUUUUACCAUUACACAGAACCUGAGGGAACAUUUAGCAGUCCCAUCAAUCUGAAAAAAACUUUUAAGAUUCCUGACAAGCAAUAUGUACUGACAGCACUGGCUGCCCGUGCCAAACUCCGAGCAUGGCAGGAUGUGGAUGCCCUCUUCACCACCAAGAAUUGGCUAGGAUAUACCAAGAAGAGAGCUCCCAUUGGCUUCCAUCGAGUUGUGGAAAUUCUGCACAAGAACAAUGCCCCUGUACAGGUCUUACAAGAAUAUAUCCGACUUGUGGAAGAUGUAGACACAAAGCUGAAUCUUGCUACCAAAUUUAAGUGCCAUGAUGUGGUCAUUGAAACAUAUCGGGACCUGAAGGAUCGGCAGCAAUUAAUAGCUUAUAGGUGUAAGGUGGAUAAAGCAUCUGUAGAAGAGGAGAAGAUUGACGGCAUUCUAAGUAGUACGCAAAUUCGAUGGAAGAACUAACUGGAAAGUAAUGAACCUAGGAACCUUCUUGUUUAUCCUCUUCCUGUCCCCAAGAGAGGAGGGGGGAACUCUAAACUGCAUCAUUUGGUCUUGUCACUAAUAGGCAGAGCCUAUACCUGGGACAGAUCAGACCUUAAACCAGGACAUCUUUAAAUUGAGCCUCAGACCAGAGGACAUGUAUGAUGGCUGAGCCUUAAAGCUGUGAUUUGCAAGACCCUGCUAACUGGGUACUUUUGUGAACAUCAGAAAGGAUAUAUUUUCAAGUUUGUAAUUCUAGGGCACAUUUUUGCUUAACUGAAAAUAUGAUUACUUCAGAAAAGAAGUAUCCUGGAAGACCGAGUGUCAGGUACUAUGGGGCUAGAAGCUUUGCUUUCAGCUGGUGAUGGAACCAAGUUUCGUCAGACAACAGUUAUUCUAAGUCAAGUUAAAUGGCAGUUGUAUCUACAUUAUAGGAACAGAAAGAAGACUGAAGAUUUGCAGGGAAUAGUCUGACAAUGGUAACCAAUUCACAUCCAUUUUUAUUAGGCCCUCUGAAAUUGUUUUUCCAUCAAGUGUCUCUACUACACCAUCUGACCUUCGGUCUCAAGAGAUUAUGGUGCUUUCUCUGGCAUAUUCAGAGUCUCUCUUAUGCUGGUGAUGAGAGCAGAUCUCCAUUAUUUCUUCUUCUCUAACCCAGGCCUAACAUAUUUUUAGAGGUCAGAUGUAGUCCCCUCCAGAUUCCAGCAGCCUUUUUUGGGAGCUACAGAUAGGUCUACCUGGGGUAGAUCCAAACUCAGUCCUGCCUCUGGUCUACUAUGGAUUGUGAUGGGGGUCACAUUUUUUUUUUUCACCCUUGGUUUUCACAAGGGCAUUAUGCAAAGCUUGAUUACUACUCUGCACCAACUUUAGUUUCCUUUCCUGUGUCAGAGCUGACUUGCUCUGUCUUCAACAAAAUCUUAAUAAAGCUGUUUCUCUGCCUCCUUA